GUUCACGAUGGCUGUUGUGAUGACUGGAUCAUUUUGUUCACCACCCACCAUGCCGCUGCGACGACAGGACCUUGACUCAGGCUCAUUUUAUCUGCACGCUCCGGAGCAUGCCAUUAGACCUCAGACGAAGCCCAGGACCUUGGUUCUCGAGCACGAGAGAGUCUGUCAUGGCUUGCCGUGAGCAAUGGAAACAAGAGGCUUGGUCUGCUUUACCAUCAACGAGAUGCAUCGAUCAAUCUGGUUCUCCGUCAUGGGAAUCGAAAUUGGACCAUCAUCAAUUCCCUCAUUCAUCGCAUGGAUUGAAGCUCUCCGCAUCACAACAGGUCACAGCAAACACUUGCAGCGAUCAUGGUCGAUUUCAGUGUCUUCGUGACCGUAGCCUUUGCCAUUUUGGCACUUCCCGUAGCCGCUCUGGAUCCAAUCAUCCAGGAGAAGUAUCCGGUUAUCCCGAACAGUUGUUGGGUCAAAUCAAAACCCAAUAACAAUAUCAAUGCUUCCCUACCACCUCUGCGCCCAGUGGUCCCUGUAUCCCCAGUAAGGAUUAUUGCAAUCGACGACGACUACAAAUUCCUCGUCCAGAGCGUGCCCGCCGAAGCCAUUCCGGCAGUAGAAGCCCUUCCGUUUGUCGAUGACGUCGAGCCGGAUCGUGUCGUGCGCCCUUUGGCUAUCGUCCAGCAACCUGACAAUCCAUGGGGCUUAGGUCGGAUAUUUGCGCGAGCUCGCGGUGCUCAGGACUAUGUCUUUGAAGACAGCGUGGGCGCGGGUACUGUCGCCUACAUCCUUGACUCCGGAACGGACCUCAACCAUCCCGACAAAAUUCACCACGGCAGCAUGUCAGGCGGGGGAGAAAAAGGGGACGCGAUUGAAACAAAUACAUCAGGAAAUGUUUCUCUCAUUGAAAAUCGUAACUAAAAAUUCCCGCCUCUUUUCCACACACUCAAGAUCAUCCCUCCAG